CUAAGGGAUCCUUUCUAUAUUUUCUCAAGUAUAAGGUGUUGGACCCAUCUAGGAUGAGAUAGAUAUAGAAGUCUUAAAUCUAUUUUCUCAAGCCAUACACCGCCAUAAUGUAUGCGUGUGGCGGGGCGAACUUUUGCACAACCGGUAUUGAAAGUGAAUUCGGGAACUCUAGUGUAAGCUACUAUGCUCACCUCUCUGCGAUGUCCCUCUCUUUUAUGUAUUUUUUCGUAUCCUUGUUCCACAUCACAUCGUGCAGGCCAUAACACUCAAGAUAGUUCAGCAUUCAAGUGUCUCAAUAAAUACCCUCCUGCAUGAGGGGGCUCUCAUGCUCUUUAGAAUCUUUAAUUAGCCUCUGAAAAUGUUCACAUAACAACCCGCGGGGGCAAUUCACCUGGCCCAAGCUGUACCAAAUAGUGGGGAGAUAGGGCACAGAAGAUUGGUGACAUGGGCGGCGAGGGAAAAGAAAGAUGGAGCCAACGGAAUGGCAUUGGAAGGAGAAUAUGAAAAAGAAUAAUAGUUAUUUGUGUUGUGUAAUUAUUGUUUUUUUUUUGUUUGUAAAUAUAUUAAAUUAUUUUUUUUUAAUUUUAAAAAAUUAGUUUUGCAUGUUAUUUUGUUUAUUUUCCUUGUUAUUUUAAAAUUCUUUUCAUAAUUAGAUUUCAGAUUUUUAUUUGAUUUGAAUUUUAUUAAUUAAAUCGGUUUAAUUCACUAUUUAAAUAGUUUUGCAUGUUAUUUUUUAAAAUAGUUAAGAAAAUUUUGGCAUUCAUAAUGAUUAAUAUAGCUAUAAUAUAAAGGCUUAGGAAAUCCUAAUUUUUUUUCUUUUCCCUAUAAGCUGGCUAUCAAGUCCUCAACUCCAUUUGACCAUUUGAUACUUUCCUGGCACUUCAAAGACGCGGAUGGUGUUUGGCUCAUGGAAGAACCUUAAUGUGUCCAAUAUUCAUGAGAGCCUAUCGUCUUCCCCUUCUUCGAACAUCGAAGAAUAUUAGAUAUAAAUCACUUUCAAUUUCGGAAGUUUGUCAAGGAGCUUCCCCUUCAAACUAUGGCAGCCGGAUUUUUGGCAAUUAAAAGAAUUGGAAUCUUAUCAAUGGUUUUUUUGACAUCUUUUUUUGUAGUGGGGGUAUUGCUACCGUAAAAUUCUAGAGUGAGAGACAAAGGAAUUUCAUAAGGGCGGUUCCAUAUUUUAGUUUUAUAAUAUAAUUGUUGAACUUGAAAAGCUUCUGACGCCAGCAAGAAUGACCGUGUUCAAUACGCUCCUUUGUUUAAUUUUUGUGUCUUCUGUCUUUACUAGUUACUCCUCAAUCAGUGCUCUCUGUCUCUCCUCUUCACAAUCUUUGCCUUCUUCUUUAGCUACAGCACCUAAGAUUAAUUUCUAAAGAGUACCGAUCUACCGUUUUCAAGGGACUUACAGAUCGAUUUGCUACUCGGUGUAAAACAGCAGGAUGGAAGUUGUUGGAGAAGUCUUUCUCUCGGCUCUUCUUGAGCCUUUGCUUGGAAAGUUAACCUCUGGAGAACUUCUGAACUUCGUACGCAAAACACAAGUGGAGAAAGAACUUAACAAGUGGAAGGUAAGACUGUUAGAAAUUGAUGAAGUUCUUAAGGAUGCAGAAGAGAAGCAAAUCACAAAUUCGACUGUGAAAAUCUGGCUUACCAAGCUCCGAGAUUUGGCUUAUGAUGUGGAGGACGUACUGGACGAGUUUCAAACAGAAGCUUUGGCAAGCAAGGUGAGGGCAGAAUCUCAAGCCAGCAGCAGUACUGUCCGGAAGCUCCUCCCAACUUGUUGUGCUGGUCUGAAUCCAAGUGCUAUUGAGCUUAAUAUGAGGACGGGGUCCAGGCUGCGGGGCAUAACUACACGACUAGAAGCAAUUGCGAAAGAGAAAAAUGAGCUCGACGUGGGAAUCACGAGGUCAAAAGGAGUGAAAAAAAGGGUGACUACAUCUCUGGUCAAAGAAUCCCAUGUUUGUGGGAGGGAUAAUGACAAGAAAGCCAUACUUGAAUUGUUGAUGAACGAUGAUGCUAGCAGCCUUGAGUACUCCGUCAUUCCAGUGAUUGGAAUGGGUGGUAUCGGGAAGACAACUCUUACUCAACUUGUCUACAAUGAUGAGAGUGUGAAGUUUGAUUGCAAAGCAUGGGUCUGUGUUUCUGAUGAUUUUGACAUUCCGAGGAUAACAAAAACAAUCCUCCAGCACUUGGGAAGUUGUGAAGAUAAUGAUUUAAAUGUUCUUCAAGAAAGAUUGAAGGACAAAUUGUCUGGAAAGAAGUUUUUGAUAGUGUUGGAUGAUGUUUGGAGUAACAACUAUGAUGAUUGGACUGCCCUUUCUCUUCCCUUCAGUGCAGGAGCAAUGGGGAGCAAAGUCAUCAUCACAACUCGUAGUGAAGACAUUGCUUCAAAAAUGGGCUCUGUUUGUGCUUACAUAUUGGAGAGGCUAUCAUUUGAUGAGUGUCUACGCAUAUUUACCCAACAUGCUUUGGAUUCCAGAAAUUUUGAAGCUCAUUUGGAAUUGAAAGAAAUAGGAGAAGAGAUAGUGGGAAAAUGUAAAGGAUUGCCUUAG